CAACUCACUUCUCUCUCUACAUUCUAUUUCUCUAUUCUCUCUAAUAUAUAUUCAAUCCAGCAGAAAGAAAAAAAAAAAAAAAAAAACUCUACUUUUUUCUUUUUUUAACAUAAAAAAAAAAGAAAAAUGGAGGAAGUUUCAUCAUUAAAAAGACAAAGAGAUGAAAUUUCUCAAGUAAAUACUACUACUAUUAUAGAAGAAGAUGUCUUUAAACGCCAAAAGUCAUACAAAGACAUAAUUACCCUUCUUGAAGAAGAGGAAGAUUAUCCAAACGAGGACUUAUCUUCCUUAAUCUCCACUCUCCAAGAAGAGAUCUCCUCCUCAUCAUCACCCUCUUCCUCCGAGCCCGACCCGGCCCGAAACCCAGGCCCGGAAGACGGAUCAGGGUUGGAGGAGGAGGAGAGAGAGAAGGUGAUGAGGCAUCUUCUAGAAGCUUCGGAUGAUGAGCUGGGUUUACCCAGUAGUAUUAACAGUGAAGCGAGUAAUAAUACAACGGAUAUAUUUUCUGAUGAAGUUGUAGGAGGAGGAGGACACGUGGACGGUGGAGAUUUCUUGUUUCCGUUAGGUGGUGAAGGACUAUGGGAGUUUGAAGAUCAUGAAGCUGCUAAUUAUUACAGCUUGUUGCAAUCUUCUGAGAUAUUUAUUUAAUUUAGUGGUUGGUCCUUAAAAGAGAAAAAGAGUUUCCCUCAAUUUGCAAAGAAGUCCUUUUUAUUGAGGGGUUAGGUGGUAAAAAAAAGAAAUUAUGUUAGGGGUUGGAAGGGGAAAGAAAAAGAGAAAAGAAAAAGAAGAAAUGGAGAAAAAUGAAAAAGCUGAUUUUGGGUGGUUUUUUUCAUUUUGGUCCCUCUUUUAUCUCUUUUUUGUAAAUUGUUAUACUACCCCUCUUUUGUUUGGUAGAUUUCGAAAGAGUAGGAUGACUAAAUUUAGUUGACUUGUUUAUUAUGGCUCCUAAUAUAUUCUUUUGUUACCUUCACACAA